AUGGCGCCUAAAUACUCAGAUCCCCUAUAUCAGGAAGCCCACGAGGAAGCUUUUUCAAAGCCACUCGUUGCAAAGAUCAAGACGGUUUUGCCACCAGACGUAUCUCAAGAGGAUUUCGCCUCAGCUUUAGAGAAAAUAGUGGCAGCUUUAGGAAAUGACGCUGUUUUUACUGGAGACGGCUUGAAAGACUAUGUUGACCCUUAUGAGAUCCCUGAGGCAGGGCAUGAAAGGAGCGUGCCAAGCGCUGCAGCUUGUCCAUCCUCAGUGUCAGAUAUCCAGGCCGUUCUGAAGAUCGUAAACGAGUAUAAAAUCCCGGUGUGGACUUUCUCAAGGGGAAAGAAUCUAGGGUAUGGAGGGCCCGCACCGCGUGUUCCUGGAAGUAUCGCUCUAGACCUGCACCGGAUAAACAAGAUCAUAGAGGUAAAUGAAAAAUUCAGUUACGCGGUAGUUGAGCCUGGAGUUACCUUCGGGGACUUAUACGAAUAUUGCGCGAAACAUAAACUCAAGGUGUGGCCGAGCACGGCAUCUCUGGGAUGGGGUAGUGUCAUUGGCAAUGCUCUUGAUAGAGGAUUGGGAUUUAUCCCGACGGGAGUCCACCAUGAAAACAUAGCCGGUAUGGAGGUUGUUCUGGCGAACGGCGACGUCGUCAGAACAGGUCAGUUCGCCAUGUCUAACUCGCCCUCUUCGCAUACAACAAAGUUGACAUUCGGCCCUACGAUCGAUGGUCUCUUCCUACAGAGCAACCUCGGGAUAGUGACUAAAAUGGGUAUUAACUUAACACCGCAGCCGCAAGCAUACAUGGCCUGCUCGUUCGACGUGCCCGAGUUCGAACAUAUCGAGACCAUAGUUGAUGUCUUUGGCGAACUACGACGCAACGGUACUCUACCAUACAUGGUCUACGUCUUCUACAUUGCAGAAUGGGCUACCAUGUUUGGCAAGCAUUCAGAUUGGUGGAAAGGUGAGGGACCAAUUCCUGACUGGAGACUGAAAGAAAUGCAAAAAGAUUUAGACGCUGGCAUCUGGACUGUCAAGUUUGGACUUUACGGGCCGACGGAGAUCAUCAAGGCCCAGUUCAACGAAGUAGAAAGAGUUGUAGCAAAGAAAGCCCCCGAUGGCCGCCUUCGCCAAACUCUUUUCGCCGGAGAGGACGGAAAUCUUUUAGAAGCCACUGCUGUCUCUCCGCUCUACGGUGGUGUCAGGGUCGGAGUCCCAAGCAUGUGGAAUAUACCGAUGGUGAACUAUUAUAACCGCCGGGAUGAUUCGGUUGGAGCACACGGAGCGUACUCGCCCAUCGUACCCCUGGACGGGAAGACGGUACUCGAAUGGGCCAAGACAGCCAAGGGCAUCUGCGCGGAGCAAGGAUUCGAUUUCCUAUGCGAUUUCUUUAUGCACGAUCGAUAUGCUAUUUUUGUCACGAUGCUCUGCUUCGAUAAGACCAGCCCAGAGCAACGGACGGGCGUGGAUAAAGUGUUUCGUAACCUCUUUAGAGAAGGUAGUAAGCGGGGUUUCGCCAAGUAUCGGGCACAUAUCAACCAUAUGGAUUUGAAUGCGGACCUUUUUGAUUUCAACAAUCAUGCUUACCGCCGUUUCGUCGAGAAGUUGAAGGAAUCUCUGGAUCCUAACGGUAUUCUCUCGCCCGGGAAGAUGGGAAUAUGGCCGGAAAGGUUGAAAUGGUUAAGAACAAAUAGUCAAGUUGCUAAGAUGUAG